AUGGAACAACAUGCUAAAUUACCUAUGUAUACAUUUGAUAAGGAACUUGCUUCAGCAUUUCAAACUGAUUGUGAAAUUUUGUUAGAUGAGUUUGAAUUAUACCAGUCUUUUAGAAUUGAAGAUUUUCAGAAAGUGUGGCACAACCACAGAUUUUCAAAUGUUUUUGCAGGUCAAACAUAUGCUUUACUAUUAAAGGACUUCUGUGAAAACUGCUUUUAUAUUGUCAAAAAGUACAUCUAUUUUCCCAGGACUUUGUACACACAAGUGGGAGCAUUUUAUUUGUUAGCUAUUUUAUACUACAAGCAACCAGUAAGAACAUGGGUAAAGAUCAGAUUAACUUCGGAAGAAUAUGAAAAAAUACAUGGAUUAAUUUUAGAAAUGAUAAAUAGAAAAGUAUAUGAACCAGUAUACAUGUUUUCCAAGUUGAAAGCUGACGAAGCCUUUACAUAUGUCAGCCAACGUAAACCACUAGGACCGGAAGAUAGAUUCGUUAAGGAUUUUCAUGCGUACAUUAAUGAUACUUUUAUAUCUGUCAAAACUAGCAGCGCUUUAAUUAAAUUUAAAAAUUCGUUUGGGCCUACAGAUAUACCAUUCAAUAAACUAAAAGAGACCUGUGCCGAAUAUUCUCAGCUUAUGCACAAAUUUGCAGAAAAAUGUCCAGGUAUUACUCCUUUCUCAUCAAAUCUUGUCAGGGAUAUAGAAACUGCUAAUUUAUUAAUACACGGUGAAGAUAAAAUUCCAGAAGAAAAACCAGUUCAAGACGAACUAACGCCUUUAUACGAUAUUAAACAAAGAGCAAUGGCAAACAAAAAUGCUGUGUAUAGAGCAAAUAGAAAUGUUAUUACUGGAGUAGAUUACGAUAGAAUUGAGAACCCUAAUGGACAAAAUGCUAAUGAUGCUUCUAGUUAA